AUGGCUGAGACUCGGCGCAGACUCACGCGAGAUGCUGCUUCGUCGGACGACGAGGGUUGGGAGGACAUCAAUAGACAAGCGCGGAUGCAGAGCCCCUCGGGGGCGGUCAGUGCCUCCACCUACGUUAUCGACGUCGUCGGAACCGCCGUGCGCCUUCUCAAGCGCCCAAUUUCCUUCUUCCUCUUCCUGUACCUCCUCGGCCUCCUCCUCGCCCGUGCCUCCUCUACCAUCCGCUCCACGCUCUCCCCGCUCUGUUUCGUUCCUGGCCUAUCACGGCUCUGCCCAGCUCCACUUACCCACGCACAAAGGGGCGCGAACAAGGGGCAUGAUGCGAAGCCGCAAUGGGCAGACUACCCUGGACUCGUACGCGUGCAGGGCCAGACGCUCGGCGCGCUGCUCGACGAGGCCGGCACUGGGCGGGGCCUCGCGCUCGAGAUUGCGCAUGCGCAGAUCGCGACGAGGGACCUCGCGGCGCUCGUGGCGGUCAGCGACCUCACCGCGCGCGACGCGCUUGCAGAAUCCCUGACGGGAUUCGUGAAGGCUGCACAGAAGGCAGGGCGCGGGCUGCAAAGGUUCAGCGCAAAAGUCUCUGGUGCCGUUGAUAACGUUAUGGCAGUCAACGACUACGCGCUGCACGCGAUCGAGGUCGCCAACAAGCCGCCUUCCGCGCUCAUAGUGCGCACUCUGUGGCCAUUUGCCACCAACAACGCCGAGGCCACUAAAGAGGUCGUCACCAAGACGUUCAUGGACGCGAUGAGCGCCCUCUCGCUCAACAUGCGGCGUCUCGUGGUCGAGGCCGAAGUCUCCCUGGGCGACCUCGAGCAGCUGGAGGAGCGGCUCUCGUCCCUCGCGGAGCUCAUCGCGCGCGAGGACUCGGCGAUCUCCUCCACGAAGGCCGACUUGCUCGCGGACCUGUGGACGCGGCUCGGCGGGAACCGCAAGGCGGUGCGCGGGCUCAACGGGCACCUCGCGCUGCUCAAGGGCCUCGGCGCGUACCGCCAGCAGGCGGUCACGCACGUGAUGGCGGCGCUGCAGACGUUGCAGGGCAUGAGCGAGGAGAUGGAGGAGCUGCGCGCGCGCGUUGCGGCGCCGGAGCUCAUCGGGGAGCGUAUCCCCAUCGAGGUCCACAUGAAGAGCAUUCGCAGCGGGCUGGAUAGGCUCAAAGAGCGGCGAGUGAAGGCUAUCGAGAAGGAGGAGCAGAUCGUAAGUAAGGUGCUGGCUGCGGUCGCAGGCUCGGAGACGGCGCUCGCCAUCGGAUAGAAUAUGGUUGAUUUGGAUCGACCGUUUCAUGUUUUGGAUUGUAUGUACUCUGUAUUCUAUUUGCCUUCGUCCAUGAAACAUUGCUGGGACUGCUGAUCUAUUUCCCUUCACGGC